CUUUAUCACCUUUACUACUACAGUUACAGGUUUUUAAGGAUCUGAAUAGAAAGAGUGAACUCGGAGUGCUUGAAGUAUUGCAUGAAGUGAGUCAACUUCCGAGUUCAGGGUUCCGAGUCACGAAACUCAGAGGUUUCCAUUUGAGAAUCGCAAAAUGUCUCACAAACCAUCUUAUUCAUCGGAGAACAUGCUUCCGGUGUCAGAUCCUCCGAACGACGAAGACCGAGAGAGGCUUCUCCAAGGCGAUGAUAAGAUCUUUAGAGGUUCUUCCAUGACUAGACGAGGAGUUUUCGCUGCUAUCUCUUACAUGUCUUGCGCUGUGCUAUUGGUGAUGUUUAAUAAAGCAGCUCUUUCAUCGUAUAACUUUCCAUCUGCAAAUUUCAUUGCACUUCUUCAGAUGGUAUGUUCGUGUUGUUUUCUCUAUGUAUUGAGGCGCAGGAGGAUAAUUUCUUUCACAUCUGGUGAAGCUGCAAUUAUAUCAGAAAACUCUAAAAUAUUUGUGCCAUUGAAGACUUUGAGGCACGCUUUUCCUAUUGCAGGAUCAUAUUUACUUUAUAUGUUAGUCACUAUGGAGUCUGUUCGUGGAGUAAAUGUUCCAAUGUAUACCACCCUUAGGAGGACCACUGUAGUAUUUACAAUGCUUGUGGAGUUUAUACUGGUGGGGCAACGGUAUACACGUUCUAUAAUUUUCAGUGUUGGCUUGAUUGUCUUUGGUGCAUUUAUCGCUGGAGCGCGAGACUUAUCUUUUGAUGCCUACGGUUAUGCCAUUGUUUUCCUGUCAAACAUCGCUACAGCUAUAUAUCUUGCAACGAUAGCCCGUGUUGGAAAAACUAGUGGCCUUAAUAGCUUUGGUCUUAUGUGGUGCAAUGGUAUCAUAUCCGGGCCACUUUUGUUUAUUUGGACAUUAGUUCGGGGUGACUUGACGACGACUAUUAAUUUUCCUCAUCUUCUUUCGCUUGGUUUUAUUGUUGUUUUGCUUUUAUCCUGCAUCCUCGCUUUCUUCCUGAACUACAGUAUCUUCCUGAACACAACUUUAAAUUCAGCUCUGACACAAACAAUUUGUGGUAAUAUGAAGGAUCUAUUUACAAUUGGCUUUGGCUGGAUAAUUUUUGGUGGGCUACCAUUUGAUUUUUGGAAUGUUGUUGGACAAUCUCUCGGAUUUGCGGGUUCUGGUUUAUAUGCCUACUAUAAACUCAUUGGCAAAUAGCUUGUCAAGUUCUUCGGUUGGCGUCUUAAUGAAUUUAGGAACAUCAUUUGCUUCAGUUAUCUGAUCUUACUACAUCCAUCUAAAAAGCAGAAGAUAGAACCCGAGACUGAGUCGACGUUAGAUCUGUCGAACUUGUGACAAGCUAAUCUAACUUAUUAGAUUUUGCCAAGUGAGAAAUUGACAUGAGCUAAAAUUACCAGGGAUUGGGACAAUCUUUGCUGUGCUGGCUUCAGUGUGUUCAAACUAUUAUUCACCUAACAAUUAAUUCACCCGGUGCUUUUGAUGAAUCA